AUUGUAAGAAAUUAUUAUCUUUCCAAUAGAUUCAAAAUUUUUAUUAGUUGCAUAUCUGUAUUUUCUGCCCAUUACUGAAAAUACCACAAAAUGUUUGCCUUGCAAGCUGUGAAGCAACCAUGGGAGAAACUUGCAUGGAGCCCCGAGCACGAGCAGAAAAUCUAUCGUGAUUGGGGUCUCUUUUAUAUGCACAAGCAACAAUUAAACAUAGCUCAGUAUUACUGUGACAAAUCUUUGCAAAUUAAGGAAGAUGACGAUAAGGCACUGUACUAUCGCAGUAUUUGCAAACGAAAUGUUGCACAAACCGAACAGGCAUUGAAAGACGCCAGAGUCGCUGGAGACAUCAAUGACUUAAGCGCGCCCAUUAAAAUUGAGGUUUGCAAUGCUCUUUAUGAGAUGAACCAGUUUGAGAAAUGUAAAGUCGAGGCCUAUGAUUAUUCCUGCAAAUACAAGGGCAAAAAUGUUAAUGCAUUUAAGAAUCGAUUACAUGUGAUCGAUCAAAAUUUCAAAGAUUGUUUGGGUGAUACGCUGGGUCCUUUUUUACUGAAAAAUGAACGAAAUUUUCCAAAAGUCUUAGCACAAAUUGCAAAAGAUAAUUUUGUGGAUACACGUCCGUUGUGGAAAACUUUAAGAGACGAAGGAAAAUGUGAUGUACUCAGCAUUCUUGAACUUGAGGAAAUACUUUUACAUCCCCGUGAAGUUGCCCGUCGUGCACGUGCCUUUAAAGUUUUUAAUCAAAUAUAUUUAAACAAAAGCUGGCAAGAUGUUUUGUUCUUAAAGGAGUUGCGUGAGGAUCAGAAUUUAUUGAUGCCACAAUUUCGGGAAUCCACACCUUACUUAAGACGACUAGUACAUAACACAUAUGAUAUAUCAAAAAAAUAUUUGAAAAUGUUACAUGCUCGCAGUCCUUUAUACAAUGAAAAUAUGCGUAGGUGUCCAAAUAAAGCCGUUUGGGAUAAGCAUCAUGAAGCUCAUCUUUAUAGAGUACAAUAUGAAACCCGUCGUCGUAUGAUAACUGCACAGAAGGAAAUCCUUCAACUUAGAGAAAGUGGCAAAAUAAGGAAAUUGGCCAGAUAUAUUGAAGAACUUAUGGGUGAUUAUGUUGUUCUAAAAACACAUCGGGUUAUGCCUUGGAAGUACGAGUUUGUUUGCGAGGUAUAUAACGUUUUGGCAUUGGCAUAUGCGGAUCGCUAUCAAAUACCAGCAAGACUGAAUGGGCAACUUAAGGAUCAUAUAUUUUAUCUAUUGGAAUUACCUGUAAAUAAAGGCAAAGAUCAAAUACAAUUUGUAUUCGGUGAUAAAUCAACAUACCAAGAACCAGAUGCUAUUGAUCACACAUUCAUUGCUUACAGGAACUUUCUGUCUCGUCUUGAAAAACGAAUGCGAUUUGCAAAAUACGCUAUUGAGAAAUGUUAUUUGUUGCAUGAAAUGGCAAAUGCUCACCUUCGCCAAAGACGUUUCGAUAUGUGCUGCUCAAUGGCACGAAAAGCGAUUAUUGAGGCAAGAGCAAGUCAUAGUCAUUUGUGGUCAUUCCUUAGUACAAUGUUAGUGUGUAAAUCGCAUGCAACUUUGCAUAAAACGGAGCUUGUUAGGGAAGCGCUUGAUGAGGCUUUGCAACUGACUGUAAUGUUAAAGAGUCCAUAUUUACAUGCUUUUAUAGAACUAUGUUUGGCUGUUAAUGAAGAGGAGCUUUCAGUUAAGAAACGAAGUCAAUCAAUUGACUUAGGUAGCAGAAGGAAGAGUAAAGCUUCGUUUAAUAGCCAAUCUUCGCAAUUCUCUUACGGUAGUUAUGAAGCAUAUGAAGGAAUGCCUUUUGGAGAACACAUUUCUGGAACAACUACUAUGACAACUGCAUCAGAUCCAACAAAAAUAGGAACAGCAACAGGAACAGGAACAGCAUCAAGAACAGGAACAGGAACAGCAACGGGAACAGCAACAGGAACAGCAACAGGAACAGCAACAGGAACAGCAACAGGAACAACAACAGGAACAGCAACAGGAACUCCGCAAUCAUCUGCAAAAUCUGUUCCAUCUACGCUGACUGGAACGUCAGGAACUACUGUAACCACUGAUACCUCAGCACCAUCCGAAAAAUCAAGUAAAAAAGGUAAAGGAAAAAAAGGAAAGGAAAAAGGAAAGAAAAAAUCUGAUCCAUCUACGCUGACUGGAACGUCAGAAACUACUGCAACCACUGAUACAUCAGCGCCAUCCGAAAAAUCAAGUAAAAAAGGUAAAGGAAAAAAAGGAAAGAAAAAAGGAAAGAAAAAGGGAAAGAAAAAACGAAAAUAAUUUACUUUAAUAUAAUAAUUGUCAUACAUUUAUACAUAUAUAAGGAUUUCGAUACAUAUUUAUGUUUAUACGUACAAAAUCAAGUCAAAAUUAUAACUCCAUCAAAAAUAAACUAAAAAUUGUAA